UGGGAGGGGGAGCUGAGCGCUGAGACCAAGGGCUAAAGCUGGGAGGUGAGUCAGUCACCUUGAGCAGGGAGUGUGCUGUGGGCCGAGCAGGGGCUGCAAGGGGAGUGGGAGUGCAGAUUGAAAAAUGCAGACCACCAAGGCACUGCUCAUUUCUCCAGUUCUGAUCCGCUCCUGUACGAGGGGUCUAAUCAGGCCUGUGUCUGCCUCCCUCCUGAGUAGACCAGAGGCCCCAUCUAAACAGCCUUCCUGCAGCAGCUCCCCUCUCCAGGUGGCCCGAAGGGAGUUCCAGACCAGUGUCAUUUCCCGGGACAUCGACACAGCAGCCAAGUUUAUUGGUGCUGGGGCUGCCACAGUUGGUGUGGCUGGAUCAGGGGCUGGCAUUGGCACAGUGUUUGGUAGCUUGAUUAUUGGCUAUGCCAGGAACCCAUCUCUCAAGCAGCAGCUCUUCUCCUAUGCCAUUCUGGGCUUUGCCCUGUCUGAGGCCAUGGGACUCUUCUGUUUGAUGGUCGCCUUCCUCAUCCUCUUCGCCAUGUGAGGCUCCAUGGGGUCACCCGGCCGUCCCUGCUGCUUUGACUCCAUUGCCAGUCCUGGUGCUGGAGUGUGCUGAGCUUUACCAUUAAACAACAACAUUUCUCUAAA